AUGUACGAUUUACGCCUAGAUGACGCCCUGCAGAGGCAAAUCGAAACUGCAGUAGAUGUGCUUGCAAAUGGGGGCGUCGUCGGCAUUCCCACCGAUACGCUCUACGGACUUGCGGCCUGCGCGUUCAACGAAUCGGCAGUGCUGAAAGUAUUUGAGCUGAAGGGGCGUCCUGAUGGAAUGGCCCUGCCAUUGCUUCUGUCUGACGUAGAGGAUGCGAAGAGGUGCGCCGAGGAAGUGCCGCCCGACGCAAUGACGCUCGCCGAGCAUUUCUGGCCGGGGGCGUUGACAUUGGUGCUGCGAAAGGGCGCGGAAGUGCCCUACGCGGUUACGGCAGGCUUGGAUACGGUUGCACUGCGAGUGCCAGACCAUCCUGUGCCCAGGGCAGUUUCCAGGGCGCUGGGUGCGCCGAUCACGGGAACGAGCGCGAACCUGAGCGGCAGGCCCGGGCUGACGAGCGCGGCGGCAGUGAGGGCAGAAUUCGGCGAUGCGAUCGACUUCGUGCUGGAUUGGGGCGAUGCGCCGGGAGGCGUGGCAUCGACUAUACUGGACUUGUGCGGCGACGAGAUGCGAGUGCUUCGGGAGGGUGCGGUGUCGCAAGAAGAUAUUGACGCAGCGCUGAAUCAGAAUAGUGAGUAA